UAGUUGGUUGGAAGAUGGAUUUAAAUGGAAAGGGGGGGAGUCCUUUGGCCAGCUGGAGAAAGCGGGAAUAUUCGGGGUCUCCAACUUUCUCGCUGCAGCCCCAGCGUUGUUGAAGGCAACUGCCCUUUUGUCCAAACGGGAUUAUUUUUUCUUCUUCUUCUACAGAUUGAGACGGUGCCUGGCUAUUUAAUGGAGAUCAAGACAUAAAAGAGGCGCAGGAGUUCUCCGUGGGUGGGAAAAAUAUCUCAACCGAAGCUUCGGGAUCUGAGCUCGGAAGGAAAAAUGGAUCGGCUGAAGGUUCUUCGCACUAAAGAACUCGAAUUUGGGGGUGUAUUUGGGGUAGCCCUCCUAAUGGUUGCAAUGCCCAGCACCGUCUUCUACCUGCUGCUGAUCUGCAGGACGGAGCAGGCCAGCGUGCUGAGUCCCCCCUGGCCGCUGCCCUCCGUCCGCUCCCUCUGGAGCCCCCGAGACUUCGCUCUGGUCCUGUCCUGGCUGGCAUUCCAAGCCCUGCUCUACCGCCUGCCCAUGGGGAAGAUCACGGAAGGAAGCCUCCUUCGGGACAAGAGCCGGCUGCAAUAUCGCAUUAACGGUUUUCACGCCAUGUUGGUCACAGCAUUGACAUUGGGCACCGGACUGGCCGGGGGGCUGCGCCUGAGCUACAUCUACGAUCACAUCCUGCAGCUGGCCUUUGCAGCGACCAUCCUGGCUUUCAGCCUCAGCAUCCUUCUUUAUUUCAAGGCCCUGCUCGCCCCAGAGACAGCUCUGGCUCCCGGUGGGAACUCAGGAAACCCCAUUUAUGACUUCUUCAUGGGCCACGAGUUGAACCCGCGCCUUGGGGUCUUUGAUCUCAAAUUCUUCUGUGAAUUGCGCCCAGGUCUCCUUGGCUGGGCCCUGAUCAACAUGGCAAUGCUGGUUAAAGAGACGGAGCUGAGAGGCAGCCCCUCUCUGGCCAUGAUCCUGGUUAAUGCCUUCCAGCUUCUCUACGUGGUAGAUGCCUUGUGGCAUGAGGAGGCCGUUCUGACCACAAUGGAUAUCGUCCAUGAUGGCUUUGGUUUCAUGCUCGCUUAUGGGGACCUAGCUUGGGUGCCGUUCCUGUACAGCCUCCAGUCCUGCUUCCUCGUAACUCACCCCCAGCAGCUUAGCCUGCCUCUGGCGGGGGGCAUCGUCCUGCUAAAUGGCCUGGGGUAUUCCAUAUUCCGUGGUGCCAAUUCCCAGAAAAACACCUUCCGACGGAAUCCCGCUGAUCCCAGAGUGGCUGGGCUCCGGACAAUCCCUACGGCAACCGGUCGGCGCCUCCUGGUCUCUGGCUGGUGGGGUUUUGUGCGACACCCUAACUAUUUAGGAGACCUGAUCAUGGCUUUUGCGUGGUCCUUGCCCUGCGGGUUCACUCACAUCUUGCCUUAUUUUUAUAUCAUCUAUUUCACCUUGCUGCUGGCUCAUCGGGAUGCCCGGGACGAACACCAGUGCCUGAGGAAGUACGGGCUGGCAUGGCAAGAAUAUUGCCGACGUGUCCCCUACCGGAUUUUCCCGUAUCUCUACUGAAUUCAUAAACGCCCAUUUCCAGAUGGUCUCUGGACUCGUCUCGGGCCAGAAAUGUCUCCUGGAUUCACGCCAUUGUGAGGAAGAAGACGCCGGCGUAGCUUGGAGAAUGUCUUCCUUUGAUUUCAUUGCCUGUCUUCCAUUUGUCUUGAUUUCGUUCCCGAUAGGAAAAAAUAGACUGGAAAAAUAGACUUGGGAGCUGGAAUUGCUUUUAUCGAAAUAAAACUGAUUUUUAGGGCACGGAAUAACAAGAGUCGGGAGGGACCUGAGAGGUCUUUUACUCCAUCUCAACGCUUACGGCAGGAGAACCCAUAUCAUUUCGGACAAAUGGCGGGUCCCGUCUUUUCUUAAAACCACCAGUCAUGGAACAGCCACAACUUCCAAAGUCAAGGGUUCCCUCAGCUUGAACCUCUAAGUAAGAACGAGCCUUAACAACAUUGGUUUAAAAAGGUACAAUUUCAUACAAGGUCAAGUGACUGGACAGUAAUGCAAAGCCAGAACUGAGAUUCACGUGCCAAAAUGACGUAAGUUCCAGUUUUCCCUUGCUUGCUUGCUUGCCUCCCGCUGCCCACCGAUCAAUCAAGGUUGACUCAGCCUUCCAUCCUUUAUAAGGUAGGUAAAAUGAGGACCCAGAUUGUUGGGGGGGCAAUAAGUUGACUUUGUAAAUAUAUACAAAUAGAAUGAGACUAUUGCCCUAUACAUUGUAAGCCGCCCUGAGUCUUCGGAGAAGGGCGGGGUAUAAAUGUAAACAAAAAAAAAAAAAAUCAAGUUCUUGCGAGAUGUUUCUAUAAGGGCCAGUCUGGGUCCAGGUUGGUAUGUGGCUCUUUCUUCCAGCUGCGUGACUUUGGAGCAACCCCCCCCCCUUGCUUUUCUCAUCCCACAGAUCAUGGCAGACUGUCACUGCAAAAUACACACCGCAAGGCACAAGCAGGCAUAAAGCGGCAACUGACACUAUCAGGAAAUUUCUCCUUAGUCCCAGGUUGGAUCUCCUUCCGACUGGCUUCCACCCUUUGCUUUUCGUCCUGCCGCCUGGUGCUUUGGAGACAGCCCCUCAGUUGUCUGCCACAUCGAUUCAUCUCCGCCCCCUGCCUUUUUAUCCCCAGAUCUAGAGCGGAGCUUCGCUAGCAGCGGUGGCUCUUCCGUCCCGAGGACCGGCCCAUAGAUUUCCACUGUUCUCCUCUCCUCUGCCUUCUGUGCCUCAGGCAUUGGACCCAGCUGUUCCUCCUCUUCCUCAUCAGCUGCCUCCAGACCUGGGGGCUGUUGACUCUCCUCCUGAGGGCUGACGGACAGCCCAGGCUCUGCCUCUUUCUCUCCGACAGCUCCAUUCCCUCUUCCCCCUUGGAGCUCUCAGGUUGCCUUGAUGCUGAUCCCGACUCCCAUGCCGACGCCUCUUCUUGAUUCGGCUGCUGGAGGGGCUGGCAGGCAACAAGUCACAACAACCGUUCUUCAUAUGAUGUAGCUUCCAGACAUUUAUUCAUCUUUGUUGAUCUUCUCUGCACCCUUUUCCAGGGGUCUCAACAGAACAAUUAAAGUGCUUUGGCUAUUUGCAAGUUUCAGUAAGAUGGUCUUGAAGCUGAAUAUUUUUGAAGAGAUUAAUAGGAUCUCGGGAACUAGGACUCCACUUCUUAAACUUUACAAAUUAACAAAGCAAUACUAGCCGGCAGGCUGAAGUAAUAAAAGGAGAACUCGAUAUAAUUUGGAGUGUCGUAAAAAUGACAACUUUUUGGAAAUUGGCAUUAGAGGUUUUCAGACGUAAGAAAAAUUAACUUUUAGUUUUUUACGAUUCAACUAAUGUUUUUGGGGAUUGGAAUAUGCCAGCUUUUAAAAAAAUAACAUUUAAAACUCGAAACAUUUGUUUUUUUUGCUCUUGGAAUAGCAAAUAAUUGGAUGCUGGGAAGAAUAAAAAUAUUCUUUGCAAUGGGAAAUAGUGUUUAUUUGUAGCUAGCGAUGAAAUCUUUUUUGAAAGGGGGUUUCUCUGAAUCCCAUUAUUAAUAAUGCAGGUAGUCCUCAACUUUGGACAAUUGAUCUGUUGUUAAGUGUGUUUUUCCCCAUUUUUGACCUUUUUUGCCACAUUUGUUUAGUGGAUCACUGCAGUCAUUAAGUGAACCUGGCUUCGUUGACUUUUGCUUGUCAGAAGGUUGCCGAAGAUGAUCACAUGACCCCAGGACGCUGCAACCGUCAUAAAUGUGAGACAGUGGCGAAGAGGCUGGAUUUUGAUCAUGUGAUCCUGGGGAAGUUGUGAAAAAUGGUCAUUAUUUUCCCCCCAGUUCUGUUGAAUGGUCAUUAAACAAACCGUCGUACUCAAAAGUCAAGGACUACCUUGAACAAGGGAGGGAAAAUAAGGCAAAGAAUCUUGAGGUAAUCCAAGAUGGGAGAUCUGAACUGGACUUGCUUUCUUGGGAUCCUUUGGCAGCUCCAGAAUUAAGGAAUUACUGACUUCUGCAGUGGUUUGAAAGAAGAUUGAGCAAGGAA